AUGUCAUUGACUACUGACUUGCGCGACAAAUACAUCGACAUAAUUGACGAUAUUCUGGCCAAAAGCGACCUCACUACCGUCUCCGAGAAGCGAAUUCGCAAAGGUCUUCAGGAUGCCGUUGGUUAUGAUCUUACUCCGAUGAAGGUCAGUCAAGUUACGGCACUCUUAUGGCGCAGCAUCAUUUUGAAGUCGUUCAAAAUGACUGGCGAAGGAAUCUGGCUGACAUUCGCAAAGUCUACGAUCAAGCAGCUGAUCAUGGAACGGUUCGAUCUUUAUGCGGAACAAAACGGCGUGGGCGGGUCGCCUGAUGAAAUUAUCUCAAGCACUGAUCAGCGCGAUGGUGAUUCGGCUCCAGCUGCGGUGCCCUCCCCGCCUCCAUCCUUAUCUCCGGCGAAGCGCCAGGCCUCCAGCGAUUCUACUUCCGAGCCUGCGAGCGCAUCGCCUCCUGUCAAGAAACGCAAGCCCGAGAGCGAUACUGAUGCGGAUGCGGUGUUCGCAGCCAAGCUGCAAGCCGAAGAGAAUUCGCGCGCGCGACCUACCCGUGGGGGCAAUACUCGGCGUGCAGCCCCUGUGAAGAAGAAGAGCAAAGCCAAGAUAUCGAAGAGGGUCAAGGCAGAAGAUGAUUCAGAUAUUGGUUCAGGCGACGAGCCAAAGAAGGAGGUCAACCGAAAUACUGGGUUCCACAAACCUAUGAACCUUUCCGAACCUCUGUCCGCACUUCUGGGAGAACCCACACUUUCGCGACCCCAAACUGUCAAAAAGGUUUGGCAAUACAUUCGCGAGAACGAGCUUCAAGACCCCAGCGAUCGUCGCCAAAUCCGAUGCGACGAUGCUAUGCGUGCUGUCUUCAAACAAGAUCGAGUCCAUAUGUUUACCAUGACUAAAAUUCUCAACCAGAAUUUGUACAAUCCCGAUGAAUAG